GUGAAGCUUCUUAAAUGUGUCGAAGGUCAAUUCAACAAAGCUUUCAUCUUGACUAUGAGUCGUGGCGAUGAACUGGUCGCUCGAUUACCAAAUCCCAACGCAGGGUCUGCCUUCUAUACAAUCGCAUCAGAGGUUGCAACACGCCAUUUUCUGCGGGACGUCAUGGGCAUUCCUAUCCCUCGUGUUUAUGCUUGGUCAGCUGAGCCGUCUAAUCCAGUUGGUGCUGAAUAUAUCAUCGAGGAAAAAGCUAGAGGAGAGCCACUGGGGAAACUGUGGGAUGGGCUAUCCACAGCAAGACGCCUGGAGAUAGUGGACCAGGUCGUGGACAUGGAGAAGAAACUCGCAACUAUCUCUUUUCCAAAGCAUGGAUGCAUCUACUACGAAUCGGACUUGAAGUCAAGGUCACUCAGUUAUGAACGGCUUGACAUCCCAAUUGGUUCGUCUUCGGUGUCAUCGCUCUGUGCAAAAAGCGCCCUGCCUGACUUCGUAAUCGGGCCAUCAACUAAUCCAAGAUUCUGGGAAGGGGAAAGGGCUACCAUGAAACUUGACAGAGGUCCAUGGAACACCGCUGCUGAAUAUGCCAUAGCCAUCGGAAAGAACGAACAAAAAUGGGCAGAAUCCUACGCGCAGCCGAGAAUGAAUUUCUAUCGGUCAUUGGAGCAUCAUGAAGUACCACAUGAUUAUAUUUCUCUCCUUAAACGCUACGUAACGCUUGCUCCAUAUUUGGUGUCUACUUCAAUGAGCAUAGAGCAGGCCAACAGGAUUUCACACCCAGACUUGCAUCUUGACAACAUAUUUGUUGAUCCUACGACAAGCGAAAUCACUGGUAUAAUAGACUGGCAGCACGUUUCUGCUUCCCCCACAAUUAUGCAACGCCUUUACCCACAGAUGCUCGAACUGUCGGCUGCUGAACAGUCAGAUAAAUACAAGGAUGAGAGGAUACUCCUUGAUCAUUAUCUUGAUGCAGUUAAGGAAGCAGACCCAUUACGGUGGAAGGCUCUCUGUGAGCCAUUUCUCAAGAUUGUAACUAAGCCCAUUUCUUUGGUACCUGGUUGUUGGGACUGGGAAGAUCUCUUCUCUCUACGCAAUGCCUUGAUCAUGGUUAUAGCUCGUUGGGGUGACAUAUAUGAAAAUUCAUGUCCAAUCGAUUUUACAGACGCGGAACUGUCAGAACACCAAAGUGAGAUGGAACUUAUCGAGGAGGUUUCGGGCAUCAUGCACCAGCUACAAGACGAAGGACUUAUUCCACUGGGUGGUAUGGUACGCCGGCAGGACUAUGAGCAUGCGAAGGGAGUGAACGAUAUAUUGAAACAAAAAUUCGUGGACUUGGCAGAAAACGACGAGCAGAGAGAACUGCAUGGUAAAAUAUGGCCUUAUGUUUGA